AUGACGGUCCACUCUCUGAUGUUACGAAGCUAUGACGUGUGUAAAGGACCUAUAAUCGACUUCGCUGACGAGUAUUACUUCGAAGCUGAGGAAAUCAACUUAAUUAGCGGUGUUGUCAAACCCUUCCAAGUAUGGUAUAGCGCAGAACAGAAUAAAACACGUGUAGACCUGUACGAUGGUACCGUUAGUAGGUAUUACUACGGAAUCGGUGAUGAAUCUUACGCAGAAUACAACGGCGACGACGAGGCGGACACCUUGAUCUACAUGAUUAACCCAGUUUACAAUGAAGAACUUGAAAAUGUAUCCGAAACAUGCAACGUUGAUAAAGACAAAGUUGACGACGUGGAAUUCUUGCCGAGGUUGAGUGAUUUCAAAUACCAAGGUAGCUAUGUUCUCAACGGUAGGGACGUCCAGGAAUGGGUGAAGCCCUCGAGGAAUUCUGGUGCCCAGAAAUUUGAUGAGGAAUUGGUGUUGUAUGAAGAUGAUGGCAUUGCUAUACCCAUACGCCAUACGAUAAAGAAAUUCAGUCGUCGAGAUGGCUCCCCGAAGGCGCAUAUCGUCAUAAAUUACUACAACUACAAUAAAAACAUUUCUAUCGAGGAUCUUGAGUUGCCCAAGGGUGCUGAAUGUGACACCUUCGACUAUGAUUUCCAUAAAGCAAUCAAGUUUCUGCAUCCGACAAUACCUAGCGACGUCGAAAGUGCCUUCAAAAAGUACAAGAAGCAUCACAAUAGGAAGUAUAACGAUGAAGAGCAUGAAACGAGAAGAGACAUUUUCAAGGCUAAUUGGGAAUUUGUCAACGAACAUAACAGCAAGAGUCUUGGAUACGUUCUAGAAGUCAACAAAUUUGCUGACAAGAGAGAUGACGAGUUGAGCUAUCUAACUGGCAUUCGUUCAUUUGGUGAUGAACCAAUCAAGUCACACAAGGGGCCCAAACGACCAAUCAAAACACACAAGGGAUCUGAUGGAUCCCCAAUCAAGACUCGUGGCGGUCCUGAUGGUCCAAUAAAAAGAUCCCCUUAUACCGAAGAAGAACUGCCUGAAAACUUUGAUUUGAGAAUAUUAGGAGUUGUUUCACCAGUAAAAGACCAAUCUCAUUGCGGAUCAUGCUGGGCUUUUGCAGCAGCAGCCACUUUGGAAGGAGCGAUUGCAUAUUCCAAUGGAGGACGAAUUUUGGACUUGAGUGAACAGUCGCUUAUAGACUGUGCUUGGGAUUACGACUGCAGAGGAUGUCAGGGUUCGGCGGCCAUAAACACUGUGUUUGAGUUUGUGGAAAAUUAUGGAAUCCCUACUGAUGACGAAUAUGGGCCUUAUUUGGAAGAGGUAAAUUAA